CGUCAAUCCCUAUCUUGGCUUUUGCCUCAGUGGAGUCAUUGCCUGGAGAGGGACAUCUACAAGAUCAUGAAAGUCAUCGAUCAAGGUGCUGAUGAUUUAAGUCUCCCGCUGUCAAGGCCCAGCUGUUGGCUAUCUGAGCUUGUCCAUAUACUAUGAUACAUUGGUACUUCGAGGGCCCUUCAGACGGGUUACAUGAAUACAGCACCGCGCACAGAUGUCGUACGACCAACGACUCGCCAGACGGCAAGGCUCAUAUCAACCGUCACCAAAUCCUAGUUUCAGUAACCCAGACAGCAUAGAAUUGAGUGCCUGGCAAUCCCCGUCGGCUCCCUUCUUUGAACCGCCUCCCCACACCUACCACAGUGCCGAAGAACUGCUUCCAGAGGAAAAUGAACGCCUCUAUCAACUAUCUCCUCGCGGUUCCGCUCAUGGUGUGGAAAACAAACCCAGAACAUGGAAGGGUUGGCAACGCGGAGCUGCCGUUUGUUUACUGGUCGUCACCGCAACUUCGAUCCUCAAUGUCACGGUGACUGCAUGGGCUGCCAUUGCCUUCGGUCUGUCUGGUGGCAUUGGAACCAUUCAUCGAGGACCAUGUCAUGCCGUGAAGCAGACUGGGCUUUGGUUGCACAUUGGAAUCAAUAUUCUGAGCACCAUGUUACUGGGCGCGAGCAAUUAUUGUAUGCAAUGUUUGUGCUCGCCGACGCGACAGGAAGUUGAUAGAGCACAUGCCAAGAAGGCCUGGCUGGAUAUUGGGAUACAGAGUGUGAGGAAUUUAUCAAAGAUUGGACGAAUGAGGUUGAUCUUAUGGAUCAUCCUUGCAGCGAGCUCAGUGCCUCUUCAUCUGAUGUUCAAUUCUGCGAUCUUCGUCAGCCUCACCGCCAACGAAUACAUGAUUGCUGCGGUCACGCAGGACUUCGUCAAGGGCGCAAAUUGGACUUUGACCGGAUCCGACGCCUUUCAUCAAGUUCUUCUGACGGAGAUGCAACGGAACAUUUCAAGCUAUGAGAGACUCGACCAAGCUGCUUGUAUUAUGGAGUAUGGUGUUGAUUAUCUUUCGUCAAGGAGAAAUGCUCUAGUUGUUGUGGACGGCCAGCUCUCUAACCCUCUGAUGGGCACCCUCGAUUGGACGUACAAUGCGCCACAGAAUUCCUGGAUAUGCGGAACCACAGUGGGGUCAAACAUGACUCUUGAGACGAUACCCAUUGAUAACUUCGAUUGCAACAUCCCAGUGGCUCUCAGCAAUGAUACCUGGCUCAUGGGCAGUCAACAAGUCGAUUACUGCUUGAGCCAAACCGUGGAAGACCAAUGUCGACUUCAAUUUGCUGUACCAAUCAUGGUUGUUGUCCUGGCCUGCAACUUUUUCAAGCUCCUGGCUGUGGUAAUGACGCUCUGGAAAUGCAGGGAACCAACACUUGUGACCUUAGGCGAUGCACUCGACAGUCUGCUCGAGAGUCCCGAUCCGUAUACCGUGGGGAUGUGUAUUGCAGCGAAGAAGGAUUUCCGGGAAGGCGCUUGGCCAGUUUCUAAGGCAAGGCGGUGGAUUCCUAAAAAGCAUUUUCUGUGCGAGGGUGUUGGAAUUCGUCGUUGGGUACUGUCAAAUGCGGUCUGCGCUGUGGCAGUCAUUUCGUUGUCUGUACUGCUCCGAUAUGCAAUUGCAAAUACAACGACAGCAAGCGAUCUCACCACUCUCUGGAAUUUGGGCUUUGGAGCAGUCACAAGUAGUUCCUUGAUCCGCUGGAGCAAUCCCAUCUUUGGUAGUCAUGGCCUGAUGAAAAAUGUUCUGCUUGCAAACUCACCGCAAAUACUCUUGUCACUUCUCUAUAUUCUGUACAAUCGCAUGUACACUUGCAUGUCUUUCUCCAAAGAGUGGAGCAACUAUGGAUAUCGGCGUCGGCCGCUGAGAGUUACAUCACCAAGAGGAGCUCAGCGGUCAACGUAUUUCCUUUCACUUCCGUAUCGAUAUUUAAUUCCCAUCCUAUCCGUCUCGGUUGCCACUCAUUGGAUCCUCUCACAGAGUCUCUUCCUGGUAGCUAUUGAUGUCUUCGACGAGCAUGGAAAGUUUGACACUUCUCAGUCUAUACUUACUUGUGGGUUUUCUUGCAUAGCGAUGAUUUUCCUCGUUGGCAUUGGGUGGUUAGUUUUCAUUGCAGGCGUUGGAAUGGGCUUGAGAAGGCACCGGGAAGGAAUGCCGCUGGUUGGCAGUUGCAGCGCGGCAAUAAGUGCCGCUUGUCACCCUGCGGCUGACGAACCCGAGGUGGCUUUGGUCCCUGUGAAGUGGGGAGUGGUGAGUGUUGCGGAUGGAGUUGGACAUUGUGCUCUGAGUGGGAGAUAUGUCAGCCCGCCGAUUACUUGGCGGUGGUACAAGGGGAAGAUGGAAUAGCUGGAUAAUUGGUCCUUUGAGCUGGCCUCGGGACAAGGUAUCAUGAAAUGAUCUGUCUGUUUCCCUC